AUGGCCAGAAGGGAACCCCAGAGGGGUAUGAAUGCUAUAGAGACCAAUGGCGCUCGAGAGAUGCAUGCUAAAGUGCUCCAAUCUCGGAGACCAGUUCCUAUCAAAUCAAUGAACAACGAUUCUAACGUUUCCCCGCACUUAUUUCUGUCACCACGACAGGCGCAUCCUACUAGUCCUAUUGGGGCCAAUACUAUCCCAAUUUCAAGAGAACAGUCAUCGAUGCAACGACAACGGUUACAGCAGUCACAGCAGCAGCAAUGCAAACAUCCAAAACACCGUUCGAAUAAUCCGAAUAAUCCUUCAUGUGAUCAUUGCGGUACCGUAAUUAUACCAGCUCCCAAAGCUACAUUGACAUUUGAAGAUUCUCCUUCUAUAUCUAUUCUAGAUUGGACUAUUACUACUCGUAAGAAACCGAUCCUUAACUCUCAAGAACUUGAUGAGUGGGAUACACUACUUCAUGGCUUGGCAUUGCCAGAAAUGAUAUUCGGUAAUAGCUAUGUUCGUGUAGAAAACGAGAAACACAACUGGGCUCUAGAGUUCAAUGCGUUAGAUGCUUUGAAGUUAGUAAAGCUGGAGGAUUCAGGGAUCAGAGUGGCGUACGCACACAAGUGGAUUAACAGCAAGAGGGAGAAACAGAAGGAUUCCCAGGACCUCGAUGAUACUUCAUUGGAUAUCUCGCAGCAGUAUGAUUGGACCUAUACCACACCAUAUAAAGGCACUUUGAAAGGCCCAGAAAUGAUUAGGGAUGAUAGCGUUCAAUUACCUCUGGAAAAGUUGUCCAGACUAGAUCCUAUCCUAUUUUAUGACGACAUGAUUUUAUUUGAAGACGAGCUAGCUGACAAUGGCAUUAGUAUGUUGAGUGUCAAAGUGAGAGUGAUGGAUGAACGUAUGUUGAUACUGAGUCGUUUUUUCCUGAGGGUUGACAAUGUAUUAUUCAGAGUUAUUGAUACAAGAAUAUACAUAGAGUUCGAUGAAAACAGAGUUAUUAGAGAGUUCAAAGAGUUUGAGGGCGACUAUAAGUCUGUUCUAGCAAAGAAUAAAGUAUCCCAUUCACAUGAUCCAAAAGCAGGUAUGAGAGACAGUAAUUGGGUGGUACAACAUAUUAGCUUAGUCAAGAGAGAAUGUGAUGUGUUGUCGAUGCCUUUUUAA